GUGUUCACAGGACUCUCCACCUGAAACUAACUUUAGAGAGGACGAGUUUUAGGUGGAGAGUGUAGCACCAGCGGUGGCAACUCGUAGUCGAGAAUUCGUGAAAAAAUUUCAGAUUAGGCAGUUUUGAUAUCGGAAAAUUUUGCAUUUUCCGUUCGGUUAGUUAAUUUAGUUUGAUAGCAAAACGUCUGGUUGUAAUAGAACUAAAGGAAAGGUAUUCGAGUUUAGUGAUAAAAGUGACGUUUUUUGCAUAAAUUACGAAGUGAAAAAACUUACACAUGAAACAUUGAGUGAAAAAUCGAAGUCAAAGGAGAGAAAAUUGUGAAAAUCUAUAGGAAAAUUUAAAAAAAGACUCAUCUUAAAGUGCUUCUAUAACUUAAAACAAUCAAAAUUGUCUUGAUACAGUAGAUUAAAACGAACAACAACAUAUCGCACAACAACAAAAAACAUUAAGUAAACAACAAGGAAACCACCAAGAAAAUCUUCUUAGUCAGAACAAAAAAAAGUUGUUAGCGCCAAGAUGUCGAAACAAAAAGUGAAAGUUCCCGACAGUCUCCGAGAUGUUUUGUUAGAAUUCUCAAUUGCUUAUUUGCUUGAGCAACCUGGUGAUGUGAUUGACUUUGCUGUCGAUUUCUUCACGAAAUUACAAACGAAUCGUGCACAGACUGGAAUUGGUAUUGGAGUAACAAAACCAACAACACCAGACGAAAGUAUAAUCUCGCAAGAUGAAGAACCUGUUGUGAAUCGUUUUGCUGGUCGCCGAAAGUCUGUAUUUGCUGAACAAUAUGAUCCUGAAGAAGAUGAAGAAGAGGAGAAUAACAAAGUUAUUUUCCCGAAGACCGACGAGCAACGCUCAAGAUUAUGCGAUUCAGUGAAGAACAUUUUACUGUUCCGUGCACUCGAUCCCGAACAGAUGAAUGAAAUUCUUGAUGCCAUGUUUGAGAAAAAAGUGAAACCGGAAGAUGUGAUCAUCAGACAGGGCGAUGAUGGAGAUAAUUUUUAUGUCAUUGAAUCUGGCAUCUAUAACGCUUAUGUCGGUGAUGACAACAAACACGUCCAUACGUACGAAAAUCGUGGAUCAUUCGGUGAAUUAGCUUUGCUCUAUAAUAUGCCACGUGCUGCCACAAUCAAAGCUGUCAGUGAAGGCCAACUGUGGGCAUUAGAUCGUCAAACAUUCCGACGAAUUCUUCUUAAAUCAGCAUUCAGAAAACGAAAAAUGUAUGAAGCACUCAUUAAUAGCGUGCCAAUGCUUAAAACUUUACAAAACUAUGAGCGCUUGAAUUUGGCUGAUGCUUUAAUCCCAAAAGUUUUUGGAGCUGGCGAACGAAUUAUUAAGCAAGGUGACGCGGCUGAUGGAAUGUACUUUAUCGAAGAGGGAACUGUUUCUAUAAAGAUUCUUCAAGACGCUGGUGAAGUAGAAAUAUCAAAAUUGGAAAAGGGACAAUAUUUCGGAGAAUUGGCUCUUGUCACUCAUCGGCCACGUGCAGCGUCAGCUUACGCUCAAGAUAAUGUCAAAGUUGCAUUUGUCGAUGUUGAUGCAUUUGAACGUCUUCUUGGUCCAUGCAUGGACAUCAUGAAGCGAAACAUUGACGAUUAUGAAUCGCAGCUAGUUAAAAUAUUUGGCAGCAAAUCUAACAUUGCUGACAUCCGAUAAGCAGACAAACAGAAAAUUAAUUUCUAAUGCUUUACUAAGAAUAUCUUCAAACAGCAAAACAAAAAAAAAUUAAAUAAAUCACUUCACAACAUGCUAUUAAACAAAACAAAUUAAAUUUAUUAUAUUCAAUUGAGUGUUCAGCGCUGGCAUUGAGCACUAAAUGAUGAAAGCAUGAAAAAGAAAAAAAAAAGAUGAAAUAAUCUAUUUAUUUUAUUUAUAAUGAUGUGUUAUUCAAACGUGAGAUAAAAAAAGAGAGAAAGAAAAUAUUUCGCAAUACUUUUAAAUACAAAAGAUAAAAAUCAUUGAUUAAGGUAAAAAAAUAAACAAAAAAACCAAAAAAAAAAGCAAAGAAUUGUGGGAAAUCAAAAACGACAAAAAAGAGAAAAUUUCUAACAUCAAAGAGAAGAAAAAGUUUUGAGCAGAGUUUAAGAACGAGAUUUGGAACGUUGAUGGAAUUUAAAAGCGCCGAAAUCAUCAAAUCGUGUUUGUUUAUGCAUCGUCUAUUAUAAGCAUCUUCAAACAUUCGAUUGGACAUCAGUGUAACAUUUUAAACGAUCAAUCAUUGAAUUUCUGUCUAAAGAAUAUCAAAGUUGAUGGUCGUGGAACUCCACUUCAAUUUCCGUACUUGUAAGUUGUCAACACACCGAAUCUCAAUUCAAUCACUUACAACCCUGCAUUUACAUGCAUGCAUUCUUUGAUGAAGUAAGCAUAUGAAGAUAAGAUUUCAUUUUACAUAUAUUUGUGUCUUCAUUUCGCAAUUAUUUAUGUUUAAAGAAAUAUUAUAAUUAACAGUUAUAAGUUAUGAAACGGAGCUCAAACAAGAGCAGUACAUUUUAUGAUAAACAAGUAAUAUUAGUAAUUAAAAUUGAUGAACAUAACUCUUGCCACAAAGCUCGCUAUUCAGUGCUCUGAAAAUGUGGAAACACUGACUUAGACGAGCGAAAAUCUUAUUACUUUUCUUUGCAUUAAAAGAUAAUUAAUCAUUUAUGAGAGAAGAAACACAAAACGACCGACCCACAGCAAAAAAGAGAAGAGAAGAUUAACUCAAAACCUGGCAUAAAAUGUUCGUUCAUUGUUACUUUGGGGGAGAAUUAAGACUCCCUUUUAAGACUUACGUUUGGUGUUUUUCUUAAGUGUUAAAUCAUAUUUUAUUUUAUUAAAAAUUUAAAACAAAUUUAGUUGCCGAAAGGUUAUUUAAAAGCUUCAAAAUUUAAGUAACUUUUUUGUUUUUCCUUAGAUGAAGACAAGCAUUAAAAGCUUUACGAGUUUUAAAAGCAACUAGCGGUAAAAAUAUAGAAAAUCCGUUCUAAGGAAGGAAUAUUUAAAUAUUUUAUCUUUAAUUUAAUAGUCAUCAUCAUUAAUCUAGAAUUCCUGAAGAAGGAAAAGGAAUGAAAAUAUUUAAGUUUCAUCUCCUUAACCUUAUGAAUGCUUUUGAAAGUAAGUCAUGUGAAGUAAAAGGAAGAUAUCACAACAUAUAAUGGAGUAGAUAUAAAUAAGUCAAACAAAAUGCCAAGCAUUUUAUCCUUGAGUUAGAUUUUUAUUUAUUUUAUAAUUUCCUUUGGUUGAAUUUAUUGGUAAGCUUUUUCAUUCUCUUUUCAUCUGAACAUUGAAGAUGCCAUGAAAAAUUAAUUCUAGUGGAAAAUAAAAUCAUUAAUUUAGAUUGUAUAAACAAGAAACAAAAAAGGUUUAAUAUGUGAAUAAAUUACCCAAUUCGUGGUUAUAAACGGUGUGAAAAGAUUAAAAAAAACUAUUGAUAGGGUUAAAUAAUGUGCCCCAAGCCCUAAACUCCUUCAUAACCGAACAGCUUUUUCAUAUGGAAAGUAAAAUUAGGAUAAAGUUAAACAUUCAUCUGAUUGGAUGUUUCUUUCCAUCGACAAGACUAUCAAUUGAUAAUAUUUAUUAUAUACAUAAAUGAAUGUAUGAAAAUCUGUUUGUAAGCACUGUAAAGGAACAAAAUAUCAGUUGACGUAAGAGGGAUUGUAAAAGGAUAUUUUGUAAGCAAACAAAAAUUAUCAAAGCAAACAAAAAAGAAGAUUUAAAAUGAAAAAUGAAAGAAGCUUUCAAGAAUCAUCCUCAUAAGCGUCUAGUUUAACUAUCCUUUUGUAUGUAUAGAGACACUCUAGAAGAUUUCUGAUCAAAGACUUUGAGGUUUUUUAUAAUUAAUUAUUUACAUUGAAGAUUGUAUGCUGCUCAACAAGCUAGCAUUUGAUGCUACUUACGGUUCUUGCGUUAAGAAAUUUUCUAUGAAAAUUCAAUAUUGAAGACUAUCUGUUGAACGCUACUUAAGUAAAUUGUAGUGACAUGUAUUUCAAGUAGAUACUGAAUCCUUGUAAAGUCAAGUGUAAGUGGGUUUGAUGUAGCAUAAAAAACUUUGAUACAAUCUCCGAAGGUAACUUCAAAGAAAAUUUUAAAAGCCUCCGGUACUUCGCUCAGAAAUCUCAGGAGAAAAAUUAUGAUUGUAAUGUACAUGCAGCAUCAUUUGUGCUCCUUUUUCCCCACUUUCUCUUUCGUUUUGAUUUUAUUACUCUUUUACUUAGUUUCAUGUUGCUGCUUAUUUUAUCCCUUUUCGUUUUGAAACAAUAUUUGAGCUUAUUUUAUUUCAAUUAUUGGUACGUCUUUAAAAAUGGGUCCGACUGAGAAAAGCUUUAGAUCACUUCACUUGAUUCUUCAUUUGAAACUCUUAAAGAGACAAAAAUAAAAUAUUCAAAACUGCCGAAAAAUUUAACUUGAAAGUUAUUUAAUUUAUUAUUGUCAUGUCAUUUGAUGGCGUCAAAAGUUUUUCUCAGCCGAAAACCAUCAAUUUAAUUAAUUCACGUCUAGAAAUUCCCAACCCAUUUCUGUAUCGAGCUUAAAACCAUCUUUAAAAUAAUAUUUAUGUGAUUACUUUAAAAACUAAGAAUUUCGAUAAGAAAUAAGUAAAAAUUGUCCCUUUGCAUAAGAGAGAAUAAAAAUAUGUUCAUUGUAUGUGAAUAAGAAAAUUUGUUCAUGAAGGAAAUUUUAAAAAACAAAAAAAUGAAAAUUAUAAGCAAUUUCGUUGAAAAAAAAAUGAAAAAAAGAAGAAUACAUAAGGAAGAAAAUAAAAACCUGCUGACGAUUUGAGAUCAGUCGCUUUACCUUCACCAAAACAUGAAAGGAAGAAAUUUAGUAAACUGAAGCUCGAAGCUAAAGGACUUACUUUGUAAAGAUUCAAAUUGUUUCAUUUCCCCCUUUUAAGCAUUUCCCCAUUCAUCGAAAUAUAAAUAGAUAAGAAAUGGUAUUAAUUUGAAAGAAAAGUUGCCAUAUGUACUCCCACGUAUUUCUAUAAGUAGAAACAAUCUCAUGAGCAGAUUAUAUGAUGAAAUAAACUUUCUUGAAGCCUUGAUAGCCUUUUCUCCCCUCAUAAAACUCCACCUACAACAUGAAAAUCUAUCUUCAAAUUCAAAUCACGAUUGAAAAAUGAGAAAUCAAUUUUCUACAAAUUUUCUACACUCUUUCGCUCAAGAAAUCAAUCAUCAAAUCAAGCAAAGUAACGUCUAAGACAAAAACAAAAAAAAUAAGAAGAAAGAAAGAAAAUAUUGCCGCAUCAAUAAAUAAGUUCUUCGAUAAGUUAUACAAACAAGUUGUAAAAGUCGGAACUGAGGAUUGGAAUUUUAGCAAUUUAAUAUCUACUUGUAUAAACAAAGUUUCUAUUCGAAACCCUUUUUCACACAUGUACGUUUAUAUAUGAUAUAAAGGAAUAAAUGCCUGCCGGAAGAGUCAAUGAAACCUUCCUUCUCAAUACUUAGCACACAUGAAGUUUUUAUUACGGAUGACGAUGGUAAUGAUGAUGAUGAUGUUGCAAUCGAGAUAAUGGAUUAUGGAAAUUUACAAAAGACUUACUUGAAAGUCUCAAAAAUUUUUCAUCGUCUUAGACGACCAACAUCGUCAAGAAAUUGAAAGUUUAGUUGACAAAAUGAAUAACAGUGUUUAAAAAGAAGAAGAAAGGAAAUUAUUUUCUUUUUAACUUUGGCUUCAAGCCUAUCACGAUAAAUGAGAAGAAAAGUAAAAAGUUUAAUGUUGAUUUAUGGACUCAAGCUUGGCAUGAAAUCAGAUCUCAAAUCUAUUCCAUAAAUUAUCUCCAUCUUAGCUCAUCUUUCAUUCAAGUAUCAAUUCUAUUUGUAUUGUAUUGAAAAUUCAAAUUUCUUUUUUUCUUUUUCUUCCGCAAUGAAAAGAAAUUAAAAUCUUAUAAAAGAAAAAUUUGAAUGUCUGUUGAAGACGCGAAUGAAAAAGCCAAAGAAAUGGAAAUAGAAGACAAAAAUAAUAAUAAUAAGAACUUUCUAAAUAAAAACAGAAUCGGGCAUUUUUCCAGUUGGUUUCGUCUUCAUAAAGUAGCAAAAACAUUCGUGGAACAAUUUAAGGAAGUAGCAAGUAUUUUGACAUCAGCAAUAAUUGUCUACAAGAGUCCAGAGAAUUAAUGACAAAAUUAAUUACUUCCCAAGUUACACACGCAUUGUUACUGAUCCUUAAAUUGAUUUCCACAAUUAUCAACCCAUCGAGUGUUGCGACAAGAUUUGAUUUCGUUUUGAUCUUUCUAAGAAAUUCUGUUUGUGUUUGACUUCAUAAAUAUAUUUUGACUUUAAGAAUAUAAAACAUGAGUGCGAGAGACUUGUAUUAAUACAAAUUGUUGUAACUAUAAUUAAUAAAUUUUAAGAUCAUCAAAAUUGUUGUGUAAUGGAAGGAAUUUACAAAUUAAUAAUCCGUUGGAAUGAAAACAACUCCCCCCUGAUAGUAGUAAAAGAAUGCAUAAAUGUAUCGCAUAACUAAUUAUAAUGAAAGCUCACAUCCUGGCUCACUUCUCCCUUCCCAAAGCGAAAAUAAAAAAAAAGAAAAACUAUUAAAUAGAGUCAAAUAAAAAUAGAAAAAAGUAUAUAUUUGAAAAAAUAAGUAAUAAUUACAUAGAUAUCUUAAGUUUAAAUGAAAUGGAAUGAUGUAAGAGUGAAAAUAAAUGAUAUCAUGUCCUAUUCCUCCCUCCCCUUUCCUUUAUCCUAUAAAAACAAAACAUAUACAAAUGAUGAGAAAAUCUGGAAAAAAUAAAAUUUUUCAAAACAACUUUUUGUGUUU